AUGCAAGCACUUACUGGCUUCACUGGUUCUUCGAUCCCAUCACCCACACCUCCACCGAUACCGAUUCAUGACUCGCGAUAUCAGGAAUGGCGCAACUCCCGGUACAGAUCGGUCUCUGCACCUGCGAAAAAGGUUACUAUGGCGCCGCCGCCGAUUGACACAUCACGGAUCUCAACACAACAACCUCAUGUCAAGACGCCAUAUCCUUUCCGUGCCAUACACCGCAAGGAGUUUGGCCGUCAGUUCUCAGCUUCUGCACCCGCGCUACGCAGCCCCCAUGUACACGACAGCGUGCUCACUCUCAGCAUCCGCCGCAGCAAUCCCAACAGUCGGUUUCGACUCUCGACGCUCACGGUCCUGGCUGAUAGCGAGUUCAGCGCGAUCAAGAACCGCCGUCGCAGCUCUGACCGUGGUGGAAAAGAAUACACACCACAAGACUUUGACGACGCAGAACUGUUCCGCCAGCUACGCCACCAUUACCAGAAACUUUUGGGUCCCUGGCGCCACUUCUCUGCUCGAAGCUUGACGAUGAUCUGUGUAAGCGGCGACGCGAGCAGACAAGCGGACUCAGGCUAUGGCUGGCUGCUCACCCCAUGCUCCNNCCCUCGGACACUGGCCCACAAAGGUCUCAACGACACCUUUAGCGAAGAAAAACUCCUCCGCUUCUUUCACAACCCCAAUGCAGCAGGGAAAAGCAGAUAUGCAUGGGUGAGCUGGGCACACAGAUUAGCAGAUGCACCUGCAAUCACCACGCCUUUACCUCCUCCUUCUGCUUCUCCAUCUGUGGUUCCAGAUAGUGCACGCACACCUGCCACCACAUCUACGGUGAAUAACCGCUUCUCGAUGAUCAGACGCGCGGAGCAGCACGAAGGGCUCGAGUUCGUGGUCUCGUGGUCUGUGCGAAGGAUUCUUGUUGCUCUGUGUAUCGUCCUCGUGCUCAGUCUUGCAGCAACAUUGCUGUGGAUUUUCUUGGGCAAGAAUUCGCAUUCUGCUGCUGGUCAAGCUGGGUUUAUGGGUGCUUGGGAUAGGGUAGUUGCGGGUGUUUUGAUGGGAAUUUGUGUCUUGUUGAUUGGGUGUUUUGGGAUUGGAGGGUGGAUUGGGGUUAGCUGGUUGGUGUUGUAG